ACAGGUGAAACUUUAUUUAUUGUAUCGAUAAAAACCCGCAUUUUUUGUACAACUCUAUUUUUGUGAAUGAAAUUUGACAGUAGUGUUGUUGGUUUAAUCGGCGAUGGAGUGUGGAGGCGUAUUUAUUUUUAUACUUCUCUUUUCUUCUGUGUUAACUUACACAACAUCACACGAUUAUUCAAGUGAAGAAGAUGAAAAUUUCAACGAAUUAAAAACUCAAGACGAAGCAAUAGAGGAGGUUACAUCAAAAUAUGACGUCACAGAAAUAGUAGUUGAUGUACCAAAUAAUGCCACCUUAGGACCUAUAGUAGUAAAUUAUACAAUUGCUAAACCACUUAAUCUAGCAAAAACAACUGUCACAAAUACUACAGAGUCUGUAACAAAAGCAACAGAUAUUGAAAAUAAAACAAAAAAGAACUAUAUAAGUAUUUUUCACAUAAAAGCUGAGUUUGAUAAAGACAAAGACAAUUCGAAUGUUACGAAUACUUCAGGUUUUAAAGAAUAUGUAAUCGGACUGAAAAAAGGCAUCGUCGAUGGUUUUAAUAGUUUCUUUGCAAAGCCCAUUUUAUAUUUAAAGAGUUUAAGAGGGAAGAAUUAUGAUGUAAGUAAUAGACUACCGAAAAUAGACGCAGAUGAGAUGUAUUGAUUUUGAUGGCAUAAUAAUAAGCGACGCGUUGUUGAGGGGUAAAUGCCAAUGAGCAUUAUGAAAUGAUGUUGAGAUACAUGAGUGCUUUUCCACCAAUAAUCUGCGAGGAUGUGUCGCGAGGAAUGUGUUUGUAACAUCCUCGCUCAUCAUUGGUGAAAAAGCACCCUAAGCAAUUAAUUUCGAAACUUUUAUAAUGUAGAUACCCUCAUCACUUUAUGUUUUUGGUAAAAUAAAUUGGAAAAAAAGAGAA